AUGAUGAAUACAUGUGAGUUUUACUAUAUUAGCCGACGAGAUAAUUUACCAAUACAAGCCAAAGGUGUCGAAAAAUCAUGGCCUGAACUUCAGCAAGAGUUUGGCCGCAGUGGACCAGGUUAUCCGGGUGCAACAUACUAUAAAACAAUCAGCUCUCAAGGGCCUCAAUUGUUUGCUGUUGUUAAUAAAAAAUGGGUUUUAUAUCAUGAUGAAGAUAAAUGGCAUCGAUAUAUUACAGCAUGUGAUUUAAAAUUUGAAACAAUACAAUACAAUAGAUUGGAUUCUAACCAAGUGAUUGACAAACAAGAAGAUGAAUCAUGGGUUAUAGUGCCAGAGAAAGAUUAUGAUACUGAAUUAGCUGAUUAUAAUAUGUAA